AUGGAAGCCGCCUCAGCUCGUUAUGCUACCCGCGACCGUUUCGCAUAUCCCACCGAACCCGCCUCGACCCCUCUACAGCGCUAUAUUCAAAAUGCCUGUUCGCCCGAGAACUUUGAGCCCAAUCUAGCGCUGUGUCUCGAGAUUGCCGACCUGAUCAAUGCCAAACAAGCCGGGGCGCCGCGCGAGGCAGCAGUUGCAAUCGUGGGCUAUAUCAACCACCGCAACCCCAAUGUCAGCCUACUCGCACUCAGCUUGCUUGACAUAUGCGUCAAGAACUGCGGCUAUCCUUUCCACCUGCAAAUAUCGACCAAGGAGUUCCUCAACGAGCUUGUACGACGCUUCCCCGAACGGCCGCCGAUUCGAACGACUAGAGUGCAGAACCGGAUACUGGAGCUGAUUCAGGAAUGGAGGAGCACAAUAUGCGAGACCAGCAAGUACAAGGAUGAUCUGGGCUUCAUUCGGGAUAUGCAUAGGCUGCUGCAUUAUAAAGGGUAUCAGUUCCCGCAGGUCAGCAGAGAAGAUGCGGCAGUGCUCAAUCCUAGUGAUAAUCUCAAGAGCGCUGAGGAGAUGGAGCAGGAGGAGAGGUCGGCGCAGAGUGCCAAACUGCAAGAGUUGAUUCGAAGGGGUACUCCGCAUGAUUUGCAGGAAGCAAACAAGCUGAUGAAGGUCAUGGCUGGAUACGACACUCGAUCUAAGACUGACUACCGUGCGAAAGCGGCUGAAGAAGUUGGCAAAAUCCAGCAAAAGGCGAAGCUUCUCGAGGAGAUGAUGUCCGAGUACAAGCCAGGCGACAAAAUCAAGGACGGAGAUGUGUUUGAAGAAUUGGCCAAUGCGCUAGCAAGUGCACACCCGAAGAUCCAGAAGAUGUGUGAAGAGGAGAGUGAAGACACCGAGGCUGUCGCGAAGCUUUUCGAGAUUAACGACUCGAUCCAUCGGACACUUGAGCGGUACAAGCUGAUGAAGAAGGGAGACAUCGAGGCUGCCAAUGCUAUUCCAAAGGGCACGCUAGGCGUUAGUGGGGCGGGCGUCAAGAAGGGACCAGACAACGAGCUGUCUUUGAUCGAUUUCGGUGGAGCAGAUGAACCAGCGUCUGCCGAUCAAGCUGGUACGUCUGCAGCGGCAGCAACUCAACCUAGCGAACCGAAAGCGAAGGGCAACGCCCUGGAAGACGACCUGCUCGGUCUUAACAUGGGAGACGGCAAUUACGGCCAAGGCGGUGGCAUCUCACUUGGUCCUUCGAACGGCACAGCGGACAUCAUGGCACAGUUUCAGCAACCUCAAACGACUUCGAACUCGAUCUUCAACACGCAACACAAGGCAUCUCCUUCACUGUCGCAGCAGAGCCCGAAUCUUCUCGGAUCGUUUCAAACGUCCAGUUCACAGCCGCCCUCGAAACCGGCAACGCCCAUUCCGUCUCAAGCUCAAGCACCACAGCACCAAGCAAAGAAGUCAGACCCUUUUGCUGCGCUCAACACACCUUCACGGACGGCAUCGCCCUUCCAAAAUUUGCAAUCUCGAUCUCCCGCGCCGCCUAGCUCGCAACCAAUUGACCUGCUAGGCAUGGACACCAGCGCACCCGCACCGGCACCCGCACCGGCCCCCGCCGCAUCUCACGAAGAUGAAUGGGAGUUCAGCUCUGCUCUGCCCGACCAACCAUCAGAAAUCACGGUCACUAGUAGCUCCAUCAAGACGGUCUUUGGUGUGUCUCGAUCCAGUGAUACGGAGAUUGUGCUGCAGAGUCGGAUAUCGAACGCUACGGCCCAGGCGGUCGAUAAUCUUACUUUCCAGCUUGCUGUCACGAAGGGAUACACUCUCAAACUCGAGCCUCAAUCAGGGCGCAGUCUCACACCCCACCAGCAGAAUGGCAUCAUUCAAACAAUACGACUACAGGGCGUUGAUAGGGGCAAGGGCACCAGCGUCAAGAUGCGAUGGCGCGCGAGCUACUCUGUUGGAGGCGCGGCGCAGAAUGAACAGGGUGAGAUAAAUGGACUGGGUGUGCCUUAA